GAUGGGCGAGGGCGCGGUGAGGGAGGUGGCGCAGGUGUACGAGCGCAUCAAGAUCCAGCACCCUCUCCUCCUCCACUACUACUCCUCGCAUCAUCAUCAGCCGACGACCCAGCUGGCGCACAACCUCCUCAGCGACGCGCUGCGAGCCCUCAACCUCGCGCUCUCCGUCAUGAAGCAACAUCCUGCUGCUGCUGGUUCAGUGACACCAAGAAUCGUCAAAGCUGCAGAGCCUCAAAUCUCACCGCCCAGCGCAGCAUCUGCCGACUCCCAAGCAAUAGUGACCAGCACGGCAAGAAGCGGCAAGAGAAGAAGAUCAUCGGUGAUGAUGGAAGGCAAAAAAUCAUCAUGGGUCAACUUUACCACCGUGCCUUACGAGGAUGGCUACGGGUGGAGGAAAUACGGCGAGAAGAAGAUCAACGGCACCAGCUACACCAGGAGCUACUUCAGGUGCACCUACAAGGACGACACAGGUUGCCUGGCAACAAAGCACGUCCAGCAGAAGGACUGUAACAGUGACCCUCCCAUGUUCCAAGUCACCUACAACAACGGCCACACUUGCAAGAACUUCACUACCACCACAGCUGCCAACAACAGCGGCAGUAGUAACGAUCUUGCACUAAUAGGUUGCUGCAACAGCAGCGAGGGAGUAACAAUAAUCAGUUCUCGAAAUAAUGGCCAUGCCGGCGCCGCCAUGAAUAAUAUCAAGCAAGAACAACCGCCAGUGCUGCUGCCGCCUCCGCUCGAGAUUUCUGCUCUCCCUUUCGAUGCAUCUCGAUCCGGCGAGUCCUGGGAUCAAUAUUCUGCAGGGGACGUGGCGCAGAUAGAGGAAGCAUCAGCUGGAGAUGGCCUUCUCGAUGAUCCGGAGCUUUUUGUCCUGUGCACCAGCUUCAAGGUCUACUAGCUAAAAUUUAACAAAACUUAGGGUUUUUUUUUUAUGAAAGCUAGUUUAUAUUUGUUUUAAGAUAACGACAAACUAUAGGAUUACGCGAGAGGUAGUCAUCAUAUAUGUGUGCACAUCGCGUGUAGAAAACAAGUGCUGGCUGCUGAUCCUAUAUAUAUUGGACAACAAGUAAAUUAAAGUAGCUGGUAGAAAAGGGAAAGGACCGAGAGGGGAAAGGAAAUCUAGUGAGGGAUCC